AUGCAAUCGUUAUUUUUCAUUCUAUUGGUUUUAGGGUCGAUCAAUAUGGUCAGCACACUAAUAUGUCAUGUGUGUAAAAGUGAUGCAACACCUCAAUGCGGAGAUCCAUUCAUUCCAAAUAAUUCCACUGGAAUAAAUCUAGGAAAUGUUCCGAAUGGUACAGUGUGUAUGAAAACAAAACGUGAGACAAAAGGUGGAGUUAAAGUGGAUAGGCAAUUUACACUCACUAGUAAUACUUUUGGCUGUCUCGGAGGUGUUAACGGUUGCUUUGAAGAAACUGUAAGUGGCAUUACUACGACCACGUGCUGCUGUAAUACACGUGACUCUUGCAAUGGCGUAUCUGUGGUACAACAGCAACCUCUCGUUGUGUUUAUUAUCUUAAGUACACUCGUCAUGUUCACAAAUCGAUUGUUUUAA